AUGAGGGGUUUAGUCCAUCAGAGUUUUAUUCUGGGCUUGGUCCUCUCUCUAUUGUUAAGCCUUUGUCAUGGAUUGACCUAUCACAUUCCGUUAAAAAGAUCUGUAAAUCAUGACCGCCAUGAAUCUCAUCGUGACAGAGUUACGCGAGACGUCAACACAAAUGAGAAAUUAUUUGGCCAUUCUGGAAACGGUUAUUAUAUGACCAUGUUAAUAGGAACACCGCCCCAAAAGAUUAAUGUACUGAUUGAUACUGGAAGCAGUAAUCUAGCAAUUGCAGCAGUUCCUGAUAUUAAUAUAGACAAACACUUUGUACGAAUCAAUUCUUCAACUUAUGAAGAAGAUGGAAGAGAAGUUCAGGUGCCCUAUACUCAGGGUGAAUGGAAAGGGUUGCUGGGUACUGACGACGUCCAGCUGACUGUUCUACCAAAUAUUACCGUUAGACCUAAUAUAGCCUUUAUCACACAGUCACAGAAUUUCUUUAUUAACGGUUCUGAGUGGCAGGGCAUUGUGGGAAUGGCGUAUGAGAGUAUAGCACGGCCUGAUAGUUCAAUAGUACCAUUUUUCAACAGUCUAGUUAAAGAUGGAGGGGUGAGAGAUAUUUUCGCUGUACAGCUAUGUGGAACACCAUACCUUGCUGAAGAUGACAAAAUGGGAGGUUCAAUGACUAUAGGAGGUCUAUCUAGUGACCUCUAUAACAGUGAAAUCUACUAUACUCCACUACAGAAACUCUGGUACUAUGAAGUUUUAAUAACUGAUAUAGCUGUAGACUCUAAUAGUCUGGGACUAGACUGUAAAGAGUAUAAUUUUGACAGAACAAUAGUAGAUACAGGAACGACUAAUAUGAGAUUCCCCAAGCGUGUUUAUAAAUCCAUAUUAAACCACAUACAACAUAAAAUCAUGGAGCGUCCAUUUUCUCCGUCAUUUUGGAGUGGAGAUGAAGUAAUGUGUUGGGAAGAUGCUAUGUUACCAUUCCAAGUUUUUCCUACCAUCUCUCUUUCAAUGUAUCACAGUGAAAAUUCUUUAUUUAAACUACAUAUACCUUCCGAAAAAUAUUUACGAAUGGUGAUAGAUCCAUUUGAAACAGGAAAAUGUUUUAAGUUUGGUAUAGCUUCCUCAGAAGCAGGAACUGUACUAGGAGCUAUAUUAAUGGAAGGAUAUUAUGUGGUGUUUGAUAGAGAAAACAAACGUGUAGGAUUCGCUACCUCACCAUGUAACGCUGUUUAUAAUAAUCACAGUAAACCUGCUAUAGAGGGCUAUAUUAAUUCAACAGAAAAUUUAAAAGAUUGUUAUUAUAUCAAGCCAGCAAGUGACCAAUCAUCCAUGUUAAUAGUUGCUUAUGUCAUGGCCGCCAUCUGCUGUAUCUGUGUUCUCCCGCUCAUUAUCAUGAUAAUACAGUGGCAGUACAGACGAUCUUGUGGUAACCAUAGUAACGAUGAAGAGGAUGAUGGGAAUUUAAUUGAGCGGUGA